ACUUAUUAGUCUUUUUAUACACGUAGCAAUAACAGAUAUAUAUAGCACGGUGACCGAGCAUCUGAGAGAUCGGAAACAGACGAGCAAAUAUUUACUACUACAUCUUCAAUUAAGCUGGGUUUUUAUACGACAGCAGAAGAUAGUAAUUGGUGUUCUUGUAGAAGUUUUAACAAAAUGGAGUUUGGUUCUGCUAACGUUGUUCAUGGUACAGACACCCAUGAUGGCAGCAUAAAGAAUCAAACCUCAGAUCCUGUUCAACUGGAGACGGUUUUGGCUGGUGACAGAAAGCAUCAUUCCUCUAUGGACACAAAUCAAGGAAGCAAAGUUGACACACGUGAAAGUGAAUAUCAUGCAGAUGUGGAUUCUGGUGAUGUAAAUAUGGAGGCAUCCAUCUCAGCUGACGAUGUCAUGCGGGCAGGUGGGUAUGGUGCUCGAGAUGAUAUAAGUAGUUUUCUUCCUGUAGCAAGUGAUUCAACUGACUUUGAAGCUACUCUACGUGAUGCUCGAGACUAUGAAGAGCCACAAAAGGAUAUCAGUAGACCAGGUCUAGGCUGGAAAGAUGCGAAAGACCAAGAAAAACCCUAAAGCUGGUUUUUCUUGCAUACACAACCUUUAUGGCAAACUAGAAACUGAACUGUAUGGUAAUAUGUAUGUAUUUUACUUGACUUUUUAUAAUUAUGUUAUGCAUAUAGUAUACUGUAGACCCAUGGAAGAAUUUAGAUUUUCAGAAUUUACAAUGUUGAGAAUAUGAGCUCUUGAUUUGCUAUUAA